AUGCUCCUCUAUUUGGGGCUUUUUGCCUUAGCUUUGCCAUUGUAUGCGAAAAUUUACGUUGGGAAAGUUGAAGAUACACCAGUUUGCACUCAGGGAUGGGAGGAAUAUUUCGAAUCGAAUCAGUGUAUCAAGGCGUAUACCUCAAAAGUCGACUAUUUCGAGGCAGAGAUCUUCUGUGGGAAACAGGGUGGACACCUCGUUUCUGUUCACAAUGGUUUUCAGAAUCAACAAGUAUUAGCCACCGCGCAAACAGUUUUCACUCAAUGUCGCUAUUGGAUUGGCGCAAAUCGUUUCGGUGAUUUUGCAAAGAAAAACACUCGUGGAUCUCGAAGAGACUCGGAUUACCCGUGGGCUUGGUUGGACAAAUCGACGUUCGACUUUCAGAGCUGGAAAUCGGGAUUCCCGGACUCGAGCUCAACCUCGCCUGAUUGCGCGUUUAUGGAUGUAGAAAAUGGAGCUCGAUGGGCGAAUAAUGGCUCUUGUGCCGAACAGAAUUGCUUCGUUUGCCAGAAACCCCAGGCCAACAUUGGGACCACGCCUCAACCCGUCACAAAUUGGCCAACACCCACGACGAGAAAUCCUUGGACUACUGCCUGGGGCAGAACGACACAAAAUGGGUGGACCACGCAAGACUCGUGGACUAACACUCCGUGUCCUAGUGCUGACCCAUCGGCGACUAGCUGGCAACCGUGGACUUCUAAGUCGCCAAAUGGAGAUUUUUCUAUAGGCCCAACUUGGUGGACCGUUGCUCCGGGUAAGCCAGCUCCGACUUCCGCUCUCCGAGCAUCCGUCUUCUCAACUCGAGGAAUUUCGGAUCAGUCAUCCACGAGAAGAGAUGAUUGGGUAACAACGCCAUACUGGUUUGGUUCCACCUACAAUCCAUGUGGCUGGAUGCAGCAAAAGAAAACGCGAAAUACUUGGAAAGCGGCGAAUUUUAAACUCUUUGGACUUUCUUCAAAUCAUAAAAGCACAAAGAAU